AGUACAUUUUCUUGAAAGCAUAUAAUGAAAAAUGUUGUGCGAUUAUGAGCUGUUGUUGAUUUUCCCACGUAGGAAAAUGGUUGGGAAGUCCCUGAUUGCUGGUCUGGUGGUCCUUCUGGUGGCUGCAGUGAGCUUGUUCCUGGGGGUGUUCAUGGGCCUGGGGAAGAAAAACCCUCCUCUCCCUUCAGACCACUUCUACUCAAAGGCCGCAGUGGCUGCUGAUGCUGGAAAGUGUUCAGAAGUGGGGAGGGACAUUCUGAAGAAAAAUGGCUCAGCCGUGGACGCCUCCAUCGCUGCCUUGCUAUGUGUCGGCCUUUUAAACGCUCACAGCAUGGGCAUCGGAGGAGGGCUCUUCUUUGUCAUCUAUAAUGCCUCCACAGGGAAGGUGGAAACCAUCGAUGCGAGGGAGACGGCACCCAUGAACGCCACCGAAGACAUGUUUGGCAACAACACCAAGCUUUCCCGUACAGGUGGAUUAUCAAUCGCUAUCCCAGGGGAGAUCCGUGGUUAUGAGAUGGCACACAAAAGGCAUGGCAGGCUGCCAUGGAAAGAGCUGUUUGAACCUAGCAUUGCUUUGGCUCGUGACGGCUUUCCCAUAGGAAAAGCUUUGGCUCAUGCCCUGUUCAAGAGCAAAGAAUCGAUUCAAAGAGACGCCAACAUGUGUGAGGUAUUUUGUGAUUCCCAAAACAUCCUGAAAGAAAACGACAUUGUCAGAUUUCCAAAGCUGGCCGACACAUACCAAAGAAUAGCUGACGAGGGGCCUGAUGUGUUUUAUAACGGGACGAUGGCUCAGAGCAUCGUUGAGGACAUCCAGGCGGCAGGCGGCAUUAUCACCCUGGAUGAUUUGUCAGAGUACCAGCCUGUGCUGAAUGAGAACCCUCUCAAGCUGAACGUCGGGGAAUACACCAUGCACGUCCCAGACGCCCCCUCCAGUGGCCCGGUGCUGGCACUCAUACUGAACAUAGUGGAUGGAUACAACUUCACCGACACAAGCGUCUCCACAUCAGAGAAAAAGACGCUGACGUACCAUCGCAUCGUGGAGGCUUUCCGUUUUGCUUACGCCAAGAGAAGCAGACUGGGAGAUCCACGUUAUCUCAACAUUACUGAUCUAAUCCACAACAUGACCUCAGACUACUUUGCUGAUGGCAUAAGGAGUAAAAUUACAGAUGACACCACUCACCCAGACAACUACUAUGAACCCGACUACUUCGUCCCGGACAACCACGGGACGGCUCACCUGUCAGUCAUAGCGGAGGACGGAAGUGCUGUGGCGGCCACCAGCACCAUUAAUCUGUACUUUGGUUCUAAAGUCAUGUCUCGAUCGACUGGAAUCAUUUUCAAUGAUGAGAUGGAUGAUUUCAGCUCUCCAUACAUGACCAACGGCUUUGGAAUUCCUCCAUCGCCCAACAACUUCAUCCAACCAGGGAAGAGGCCCCUGUCUUCCAUGUGUCCUACUAUCAUCUUUGACAAAGAAAACAGAGUGAAAAUGGUUGUAGGAGCAUCUGGAGGCACAAAAAUCACCACAGCCACCGCCUUAGUAAGUCUGAUUCACUCACAUCGCAUCUCAAUCCUGUGGAGUCACACUCAUCUAUGUGAAACGUGUCACGCUACAUUUUGUGACUAAAAACAGGUCAUCCUGAACUCCUUGUUCUUCAACUAUGACCUAAAGAAGGCUGUGACGGAGCCGCGAGUUCACAAUCAGCUUAAUCCAAACAUGACGGUGGUGGAGCAGGGCUUUGAGAGGAGCGUCCUGGAGGGUCUGGCCCAGAAGAACCACAUAACACAGCUGCUGAGCAUCCCAGACUCUGUGGUCCAGGCCGUGGUGCGGCAGGGAGAGCGUCUCUGUGCAGAGUCCGACCCCAGAAAAGGAGGCUAUCCAGCGGGAUACUGAACUUCUUCCAGCUUCUUCUCUGCUCCCCUCGGUGAGGACGCCUUCCUUAAAGACACUCGGACAGAACCACAAAGGAAAAAAAAAGACUCAAG